GGACGUGACGUAUGCGUUUUGUUCGUACGUCACUCGCUUCCAGCCAAACGCGGCAGUGAUGGGAGAUUUGAAAUUUGCGGGCUAGCUGCUAGCUGCUAGCGUCUCUGAAGUUUAUUAACUAGUUUUAUUUAUCUCGUUUUUUAAAAAAAAUGGCUUCGUAUCAUCAUUUAUACGCCGCGCCGCGCUUUGAAUCUCCCGCCAAAGUGUUUGCUAAGCUCAAAUCCAAGGUGCAGAGAGAAGAGUUGUGCAGCGUCAGAGAGAGACAUGGAGCAGAGCUCAGGACGCCCAGGAAGAAAUCCGAGAGCACCUGGACCGACGAAGCGCAGGCUUUGACCCUGUCACCCAUCUCGAGUCCGCAGAAAACUUUCGGGUAUGCAGACAUCAGCAGCACGCAGAGGCAGAGAAAAGGAGCCUUCCUGGAGUCCACUGCUGUGUCUCAGCUUUCGUUUUUAGUCAACAGAAAGCAGAUCCACACAGAUCCACCUCAGUUCAGAGACAUGGGUAAAUUCAACGCGAGCAGCAGGACUCCAGUAAAGAUACAACCAGUAAACAAUGACAGUGUGGGGGAAGAGUUUGGGGAGGCGUCUCCAGCCUUUAGGUUUUCCCCCAUAAAAAAGAAGCUGAGGAAGAGGAAAUGUGAGCCGCUGGAGGUUAACAUGGUCAGCAGCAGCACGAAGGAGUUCAGCAAUGAAGCCACAAGUCAGGCACGAGAGAUGGAAACCUCCAGUGCCUUCAGAGAGGAUGACACCCACAUCGAGGCUUGCAUGGAGGACUUGGGUCCUGUCAGAGGAUUCACUGCUGAGCCGUCAGAGAUGAACCCACCACCGAGAUCCAUAGCAAUGAAACAUUGUCGUCUUAUCAUGGAAAGACUUCCUCUGAUGUCUCCAGCCAAGAUGUUUGCGUACAUGAAGGAGAGGGAAAAUAAAUCGGAGCAGCAGGACGUUCAAAAAGUCAGCAGCAGCACGAGGGAUCUCUUUGGUGAUGAUGUCAAUCCAUACAGAGACACGCCUCCCUCCACAGAUCACAGUACAGGUGAGACAGAGGAUGUCACACCAAGCGUUUCGCAGAGUGUGGGUCCUGCCACCCAGUCCGGAGUAGAUUCAGCUGACAGUCAGUCGUACACGGAUCCCUCUGAGGACACCCUGAUCCCUGCUGUGCAGGCACAGCCUAUUUUGCUGGAAGACCCGCUUGUACUCAAUUCGCCACGGGUCUCUAUACCAAAGAAAAACGAUGCUGUGUUCAAGCGUAACAAAUGGCCCCAGCGCAAAUUCCCAAGUGAGAGUGUGGUUUAUCUCAAAAAGUGGUUCCUGAGGAGGGGUCCUACAGGCCUGUUUGUUGAUGGAAUCCACCGGGAGGACAACAUACCAUGGAACAGUAACAUCAUCGUGGAAAGGUUUUCUAAUUACGUGUUGAAGACCGUUACCGGCAAGGUUUACAUCCUCGUUGGCAAGAUGAACUUGGGUGUUGACUCCGGCUUGCCCAAGUGGUUUCUGAAGAAGUUUGUUAAUGGCUUUCCUCCAAACUGGAAGGAACUUUAUGAGAAGUUUCUGUCAGAGUCAAGAGAAGGCCAGGGCAGAGAAACAAAGAUGAACAGUGAAGCGAAAGACAUCAAGGCAAAGACAAAAUCUGAAGCGUCCUCCAUGAACAUUUCUAUGAAGCGACACAACCAAAAGACUUUUAUGACACCUGAUUUUUGUCCUCCUCCCUCCUUGUCCUCUGCGAAAGUAUCUCGAAGCGGUCGUGUCAUCAAGCCACCUCUGGAGUACUGGAAAGGAGGGAGAGUCACUCUGGACGCAGACAUGAAUGUUACAGUCCACGAAAGUUACGAUACCACCAUCUGCAACCCUGAGGUCACGACACAAGUGUCUGCGAGGGCUUCACAGAAACCUGCCCGUGUGUUCCUGCCCUGCAGCGAAGGCCGUAAACAGUGUGAACCAUCCAGUGACGAACAGGCAUCAGCACCAGUGAGGAAGGUCAAGGCUCCAGUCCACAAACGCAACAGAGUCAAGGCUAAGCCUGACGAUAAGCCGACCUAUUCACCUGAGCCUACUGUGGAGACACUUAGUAGCCCUGAAGAGUGGUCUGACAGAAGGACAAGGUCCAGGCAAAGGUGUCCAGGUCCAGAGAGAACAUUUUAUGUGGAUACUGCCCCUCAAAAGCAAAACAAACCUGAGAAAUCUUCAACACAGAGGUCAAAAAAACAGACACACGACACCACAAGGCCUUCAGCGAGAGUCUCACGGAGCAAACGGGCCAUCACAUCAUCCCCAGAAUCUCCCUCUGUUAAUGAUAAAAUAUCAGAACAGCUGUCAUCAGAUGAGGACUUUUCCAUUGUGAGAAAGACGCAGGGCAAAAGUUUGCACAGGAAGAGAGGUGAAAAGUCACAGCCAAAACACAAGUCUCCUCCAAGUGAGUCAGAGGGGAGCGGGAAGGAACUGAGGAUGCAGAGUAGAAGAACAAAAAACGGAGAUGCUGCAAAAACACAAACAAAACAUACAGAGGGCAAAUGUGCCAAGACAUCACAACCUGAAAAGCCUAAGCCUAAGUCAAAAUCCAGCAAGAAACACAAGGCAGACAAAGACAAGAACAAGCUGAUUCCACAAGAACAAGCUGAGGACAAGUGGACAGAGACAGAGCUUGUGAAGCUACAAGAGGCUGUGUCCUUCUAUCCUAAGAAUAUAGCAGGUUACUGGGCAAAGGUGGCGAUGGUUGUUGGAACACGUUCUGCAGAAGAGUGCCACAACCAGCACACAGCUCAGGGAAGCUCCGAGGCUCCGACCACAAAAGCCAAGAAACCCAAAAAGAACAAGGUGGAAGCACCGAAAAACACAGUUACAGAUCAUCCUGUCAUAUCUGCCCGAGUGGGGACUUUGAAGAGAAAGCAGCAGGUGCGUGAGUUCCUGGAGACCAUGCCCAAAGAAAACGUUGAUGACGUUUUCAGCUCCGCGUACAUGCAAAACAAACGAUUUGAGAUUCCCUCCAUGUGUCCGAGCGAAGACCAAGACUUCUCACUGUCCGACAUGGAGCCCCUGACUCCCAUGUCGACACGUUUCCCUGAAAUCAAGACUCCUCAGUGUCUGCAUAUCACUCCCGGCAUGAUGGGCUCUCCCAACAGGAGCAACAACGACAAGUACGUCUAUCAACUCCAGAAGCGGAUGAAAAAAAAACAGUUUAACGCCUGCAAACAGGCGUCUACUUCAAAGAACUUCUCACCCACGCCAUCAGUUAAACGAACAAUGCAAAGAUGUGUGAACACCGAAAACGACGCCUUCGUUGUUUGGGAGAUGUUCCCUGGAAAAGAUGGAGCGCUGUCUGAAAGCGGAGAGGAGGACUUCUACUUCUCAGACAAUGACUGAUUGGAGUUUAAACAUUUAUAUAUGGAUGUUUUCUUUUUUCUUAAAAAAAAAAAUCAUUAUUCAUAUAAAUUGAAGUCAAGUACCUUGUUUAGCUCGUCAAAUCUGAACAAUAAAAUGUUUUGUUGUGCUUUCCUGUCCUUCACGUGUUAGAGAUUCUGUUAUUUUAUGUGUAAAAGCCAGUUUUGAUCUCAUGUGGUAUGUGAUAGUAAUUGCUAUUGUAAUUACUGUAAUUGUUU